AUUGGCAAUUGUAGGGUACCCGUCUCAAAAUAUGUUGAAAAUAUUAAUAGACAUUAAUAACAGAAAUAAAAAAUAACUGUUUGAAGUCGAAUAUAUAAUGUUGUUUUGCAUUUGGUUGUUAGAAAAUUAUCUAUAUGGUUGAAUGCAAAAAUUUUUUGAUUGAGAAAAAAAUAUUCUACGCGAGCCUAACUGGAAUGUUCAAUUCGUAAAAUGGCGGACCGCGAAUCACUCGUGGAGAAGUCUGAGAAUGAAGGACGGGACUCUGUUGGUUCCGAAGCUGACGUUGAAGAAGAAAAAUUACCAGAAGUAAACGCUCCAAAGAAAAAAACGAAAACGAAGAAGAAGAAGAAGAAACAGGUCGAAAUAGCAACUACUAGUGACUCUGAUGCUGCUCCUUCCCUAGCUGCUGACUCCCUCACCGAAAGAGACUUGAACUCUGAACAAAUUUCAGGCGUUGGGGAGCUUUUGGAUCGCUUAAACCUAGAAACUAACGCUCCUAAAUCCAUUGAGGAUGCUCGAAAGAAAAAUUAUAAAUUUUGGGGAACCCAACCAGUUCCAAAAUUAACUGAAAAUACCAGGGGUAAAAAUGCACCUAUAGAACAUGAUAAAAGCGUUGAAGAAAUUAGAGCAGAGCCAUUAACACUUCCUGACGGUUUUAUUUGGGAUGAUGUUGAUAUCAAUGAUGCAAAUCAGUUAACAGAAUUAUAUACUCUACUAAAUGAAAAUUAUGUGGAGGAUGAUGACAAUAUGUUUAGGUUUGAUUAUUCCCCCGAAUUUCUUCACUGGGCUCUUCUUCCACCUGAGUGGAGAAAGGAUUGGCAUGUUGGAGUUAGAGCGAGCAAAAGUAGAAAACUUUUAGGUUUUAUUUCUGCAAUACCUAUUAGAAUUAAUAUUUAUGAUAAGAUUCAGAAAAUGGUCGAAAUAAAUUUUUUAUGUGUCCAUAAGAAGUUACGAACCAAAAGAGUCGCACCCGUUCUCAUACGCGAAAUUACAAGACGAGUAAAUAUAACUGGCCUCUUUCAAGCAGUCUACACAGCAGGAGUUGUUCUCCCUAAGCCAGUGUCUACUUGCAGAUAUUGGCAUAGAUCCCUUAAUCCUAAGAAAUUGAUAGAGGUGCGAUUUUCUCAUCUCAGUCGGAAUAUGACCAUGCAGCGCACUAUUAGACUUUAUCGGCUACCACAGGAAACAAAGACACGUGGAUUUAGGGAAUUAACUGAGGCAGACGUCAGAAAUGCAUUCACCUUACUACAAACAUAUUUAAACACUUUCAAUUUGUCGCCUCGAUUCAACGCUGACGAGUUUAGGCAUUGGUUUCUGCCACGAAAAGGAAUUAUAAAUAGCUAUGUGGUUGAGCAAAAUGGAAAGUUAACCGAUUUUGUUAGCUUUUAUACUCUCCCAUCGACUGUUAUGCAACAUCCUAACCAUAAGUCCUUGAAAGCAGCAUAUUCAUUUUACAAUGUCAGCACCGUUACGCCAUGGGUAGAUUUAAUGCAAGAUGCCCUUGUGACGGCCAAAAAUAUGGAUUUUGACGUUUUUAAUGCCUUGGACCUUAUGGAAAACAAAAAAUUCUUAGAAGAAUUAAAGUUCGGUGUGGGUGAUGGAAAUCUUCAAUACUAUUUAUACAAUUGGGCGUGUCCGGAAAUGCGACCAGACGAAGUAAAUUGA